AUGAAAGAGUCUGUUACGUACAGCUGGAAUUGCGUAUGCAGAAAUUUGACUCUUGCUCCUGAACCCCAAAAUUUUUACCUCAUGCUGCCCACUAGUUCAUCCCAUGUUGGUGAGGACUUAGAUGGUGAGGGCAUGGAUGGAGAGGACGAAGAGGACAUGGAUGGCAGCUACAUGGAAGGAGAGGACACGGAGGAGGACAUGAAUGAAGAGGACAUGUAUGAAGAGGACGAAGGGGACGAAGAGGACGAAGAGGACAAGGAUGAAGAGGACAUUGACGACAACAAUGGGGGCAGCAAUGCUGGAUCAUACAUCGAUGACUUCUGUGAUUUGGGAUAUAUAUGGUAA